GACGGCCCGACUUCCGGCGCCUGCUUCCGGCGGGGCCAGGCGACCUCCGCGGGGCCAGGCGGGUGGCGAGUCGGGGCCGCGGCGGCGGCGUCCACGCUGCGGCCGCGCUUGCUUGCAGCCCUCAGCCCCGCGCUCCGGCCCCGCGCCGCCAUGGGCAAGAAGCACAAGAAGCACAAGACCGAGUGGCGCUCGUCCUACGAGGAUUAUGCAGACAAGCCCUUGGAGAAGCCCCUGAAGCUGGUUCUCAAGGUUGGAGGAAGUGAAGUGACUGAGCUGUCGGGGUCUGGGCACGACUCCAGUUAUUACGAUGACAGGUCAGACCACGAGCGAGAGCGACACAAGGAAAAGAAGAAGAAGAAGAAGAAGAAAUCCGAGAAGGAGAAGCACCUUGACGACGAAGAAAGAAGGAAAAGAAAGGAAGAGAAGAAGCGGAAACGGGAAAAGGAGCAUGGCGACUCGGAGGGGGAGGCCGACGACUUUGAUCCCGGCAAGAAGGUGGAGGUGGAGCCGCCCCACAGGCCUGUGCGAGCGUGCCGGACACAGCCAGCCGAGAACGAGAGCACACCGAUUCAGCAGUUACUAGAGCAUUUUCUCCGCCAGCUCCAGAGAAAAGAUCCUCAUGGAUUUUUUGCUUUUCCUGUCACGGAUGCAAUUGCUCCCGGAUACUCCAUGAUAAUAAAACAUCCCAUGGACUUUGGUACAAUGAAAGACAAGAUUGUAGCCAACGAAUACAAAUCAGUCACAGAAUUUAAGGCGGAUUUCAAACUGAUGUGUGAUAACGCGAUGACCUACAACAGACCAGACACUGUGUACUACAAGUUAGCUAAGAAGAUCCUUCACGCAGGCUUUAAGAUGAUGAGCAAAGAGCGGCUGUUAGCUCUGAAGCGCAGCAUGUCGUUUAUGCAGGACGUGGAUUUUUCUCAGCAGGCAGCUCUUCUGGGCAACGAAGACACAGCCGUUGAGGAGCCCGUUCCUGAAGCGGCACCCGUACAAGUAGAAACUGCCAAGAAAUCCAAAAGGCCGAGUAGAGAAGUUAUCAGCUGCACGUUUGAGCCGGAAGGAAAUGCCUGCAGCCUGACUGACAGCACGGCAGAGGAGCACGUGCUGGCCUUGGUGGAGCACGCAGCUGACGAGGCUCGGGACAGGAUCAGCCGGCUCCUCCCGGGGGGCAAGAUGGGCUAUCUGAAGAAGGACAGUGACGGCAGCUUGCUCUACAGCGUGGUCAACACGGCCGAGCCGGAUGCCGACGAGGAGGAGACCCACCCUGUGGACCUGAGCUCGCUCUCCAGCAAGCUGCUCCCCGGCUUUACCACACUGGGCUUCAAGGAUGAGAGAAGGGGCAAAGUCACUUUUCUCUCCAGCACCACUACCGCGCUUUCAAUGCACAGCAAUUCCGUGUUCGGCGACUUAAAGUCGGAGGAGAUAGACCUGCUGUAUUCCGCCUACGGGGAUGAGACGGGUGUGCAGUGUGCGCUGAGCCUGCAGGAGUUCGUGAAGGAUGCUGGGAGCUACAGCAAGAAGAUGGUGGACGACCUCCUGGACCAGAUCACCGGCGGGGACCACUCGCGGAUGCUGUUCCAGCUGAGGCAGGUGGGCGUGCAUGUGCCGCGUUUAACGCAGCCUCCCCGGGACUGCCCCCCGCUGCCCCUCCGGGUGCACGCGACAACCGCGGGCUCCUGA